UUCCGGGCUGUCGGUGCAUUCCAGAGCGAGCUGCGUUCGUCGAGGGAGGGAAAGAAGCAGCGCCGCCGCCACCACCAACCACCACCAUCGCCGCCAUUCCUUGGGAUUGAUGCAGGACGAAUAUAGGUGUCCACACUCCAGCCACCAUGAGCUUAUCUGCCAUUGGGAUAAUUAGUGCCCUCAAUGAAUGUGUCACUUUGUUUCAGUGGGCCAAAUCUGCCAUUUCAUCUUUGCACUCCCGAUGGAGUGGCUCACAGGAGCAAAAUCUUCAGGAUCGUGUAUUGCAGUUGGAGAGUGGCCUGCAAUGUCUCAGGGAUACUCUUCCUGCAAUGUACAGCCUCAUUAAUAAAGCAGAGUGGAGAAGCCACAACGACGGUGUGGCUAGUCUCCUUCCUAAUCUCAAGGAUGCAGUGUCUGAGGCCGAGGACCUUCUUGAUGAAUUCAGAUGGUAUGAGAAGAAGGUGCAAGUGGAGGGCAAUGCAAGCCAAUUUCCUUUCAUUGACUUCUUUGCUACUGUCAUCCAAGGCAGCUUCAACAAACUGAAUGAUGUCCAGUUGAGGUUGAACCAUCUUUCGAGACAGAUUGACACUAUGGUGCUUCAUGGAGUUACACAUCGCUUUGACAAAUUAGUCAGGCCAGAGACCACUUCUUUGCCAAAUGAAACAAAAAUAUUUGGUCGUGACAAGGAGCUGAAGCAGGUAUUGGGUUUUCUCAAUGUACCUGCAAAUUCAAAACGCAGGAGAGCAACUAGUUCAGUCAAUGCAUCAACCAGCGCACCAGUGAGCAACCAAGUUAGUACUGAAUCAAGGAUAUAUAGUCUUCCUGUUUUGCCAAUAGUUGGAAUUGGUGGUGUUGGAAAAACUACUUUGGCCCAACAUAUAUGCAAUCAUCAACGAGUGAAGUCUCACUUUGAGCUGAUAAUUUGGAUUUGCGUCUCCGAUGACUUUGACGUGAAGAGGUUAAUUAAAGAAGUUAUACAAUCUUGUACUGGAAAGGUGGUAACAAUUGAUAAUUUGGAUUUUCUUCAGCGUGCUCUCUCUAACCUUGUGACCAAUAAAAGGUUAUUGGUAGUCCUUGAUGACAUGUGGGAUGACGCCUUGAAGGAAAAUGAGCAGUGUUGGAAGAGGUUUAUUGCACCUUUUAGAAGUGUCCAAGAGGGUAGUGCGAUGUUGGUCACCACUAGAUGUCCAAAGGUUACCGAGGGGGUGCGCACAAUGGAGCCCGUCAUAUUAGAAGGUCUAAAGGAUGACGUCUUCUGGAAUUUCUUCAAGUCAUGCAUAUUUGGAUCUGAGAAUUCUGACAAUGAUCCUGAAUUAGAGCAUAUUGGCAGAAGUAUACUUCCUAAAUUGAAGGGUUCUCCAUUGGCCGCCAAAACUCUAGGACGGAUGUUAAGUAUGGACCUUCAAGCAUCACAUUGGAAUUUUAUACUUGAGAGUGAAUUAUGGGAGUUGAGACAAGAGCAGACUGACAUUUUGCCUGCACUUCGGUUGAGCUACAUGUAUUUACCAUUCUAUUUGAAGCAAUGCUUUGCAUUCUGCGCUGUGUACCCCAAAGAUUACAGAUUUGAGAAGGCAUGCUUAGCUGAAAUUUGGGCAGCAGAAGGCUUUGUGGAACCUCAAGGUGGUGUUCCAAUUCAAAAUAUUGGCUGUCAGUAUUUUGAAGACCUUGUUGCAAGGUCCUUCUUUCAAAAGGUUAAUGGUGGAUAUGUAAUCCAUGAUUUGCUGCAUGACAUGGCACAAAUGGUUUCAGAGCACCAUUGCUUCAUCUUAAGAAAUAAGAGUGACUUUGAUAAAAUUCCCCAGAAUGUUCGUCAUCUGUAUGUACUCUCUGGCAGUGAAUUUGACGAUUCCGACUUGUUGAGACUAUGCAAGUAUACGAAGUUGCGUACCUUAAUUUGCAAGAAGAGUUUAGGGAGAAAAGCAAGCUUUGUAAUGGACCACUGGUGUACUAAACUUCCGCGCAUGCGUGUGAUUUCUUGUGCCUCUGUAGAUGAGUUACCAGAUAGUAUUGGCAACUGGAAGCAUCUUCGGUACCUUGAAAUCUGCAGAGCUGGUCUUCUCAUGAAAAGGCUUCCUUCAACUUUGUGUUGGCUAUAUCAUCUGCAGAUUUUAUAUGCCAAGAAAUGCAAGCUAGAAAACUUGCCCGAUGACUUUGGUAAGUUGACUAGUUUGCAGAAAUUCGAAUCAGAUGGAUUAACAUAUUAUGCUGGGGAUCAAAUGACUUUUGAUCUAGAAAAAUGUGAGGAGGGAAAACGUAUAAGUUUAAUAAAGAAACUUAAUCAGUUUCGUGGACACUUGAAGAUAGCUAAUGGUGGCAUGCUAAGUAAGGAUCAGGCAGCAGAAGCUGAACUAAAGAAUAAGAAAUAUCUUGAUGAGUUGACACUCAAUAUGAAUUCACAGAGGUCUCAAACCAUCCAGGAGAAUGUGAUAGAAGUGCUUGAAGUUCUGCAACCUCCUAUCAGUCUCAAGUCUCUGUUACUCCAGAAUUAUGCUGGUGUCUCACUCCCAAGCUGGCUUUUGCCACAAAAUUUGCCAAGCUUAAAAUCACUUACUUUUGCAGGUUGUUUUGAACUCAAGAGCAUAUCAUCUCCCAUGAUCUCACAGGGCAUAAACUUAAAUGAGAUACCUGCAGUUGGUAUUUUCCUCUCCCUGGCAGAUGUAACCAUUGAUGGGUGCAGGAAUAUAUCAAGCCUCGAACAGUUUCUAUGCUCAGAUUAUGUGCCAGCCAUCAAGAAAAUAAGAAUUGAACAUUGUGAGAUGUUAGCAUCAGUACCUACCGAAAAGUUUGGAGAAUUUCAUUUCCUUGAAGAACUAGUCAUGUGUCAUUGUCCAAACAUCCGGCUCCAAAGAUUGGUGUCGCCGUCCCUUCAGAAGCUACAUCUCUGGCGUGCUGGUCUCUUUUGCAAUAUUGACUGCUGCUCCCUCACCUACUUUGAUUUAUCAUGCGAGUCUGUCACGUCCAUCAACCUGCAAACAUGGAGUCUUCCAGCUCUGCAAGAGUUGCACGUUGCGUGCAAAAAUCUUACAUCUAUUGGAGACUCCCCUAUUUUUUCCAUUUCUACAGGCACCAGCACCACUAGAGCAUUCUCGUUCCUUAAUGUUAUAUCAUUUUGGAUGUGUCAGAAAUUGUCAGCCCUUGAUGACUUCCUAACACAAGAAUAUGUACCUGCUGUUGAGAAAAUUGAAAUCAAAUGUUGUAGGGAAUUAAUGUCCCUGCCAGGUGAAAAUUUUGGGAGUUUUCCCUAUCUGAAACAUUUGGUGGUUAUUGAGUGUCCAAGUCUCAAGUGGCAAAGGGGAUUCACGUUGCCAUCAUCUCUCCAAAGGCUCAACUUGGCGCAAUGUGGGGAUAUCUCUCCAUACGUUCCCAGCUGCCUACUGAACCUUACAUCCCUCGUAUCACUAAGGAUGAUUGUGUGCCAGGGUAUAACAUCCAUUCCAGGCGACAUUUGGCGCAGUAAUCUUACAUCACUUGAGGAAUUGAGGAUUUCGGAUUGUCCAGACCUAGUUUCAUUUGGUGGAGCAAAGGCAGUAGCAAUGAUAAAGAAGGUAUUGAUAUGCCGGUGUCCAAACUUAAGGGGAGUAAAGGAGAUCAAUAGAGAAGAGCACUAAGGAACUGAACCCCAUAGCCGCAUUACCUGGAAGUUGGAAGACCCGAAGACAACCAGACAGUGCGCGCUUCAUCUCGCCGUCUCCAUCUCUCCGCCCGCGCCUGCUUCUCGCUUGUUGCAGUUUUAACCAAUUAUUAUUUCUCAUAUUUCUGCUGAUAACUAUCGGUUCCCAGUUUGGACAGUCAUAAUCUGUUGUAACUUGUGAAAACGACAGAGCGGCCGUGCAUCUCUAAGACACAUCGCACCUGUUGCAUUUUUGUGUU